UAUGGUUAUAGGGAUGAGGCUGAGCUCAUAGAAGAAAUUGCCGAAUCUUUGUCAACAAAGUUGAAUAUAUUGUACCGAAGUGACUUCACAGAUCUUGUUGGAAUUGAUGAAAGAAUUGCAGAAUUAGAAUCAUUGAUGGAUCAAGGGUCAAAAGAUGUCCGUGUCAUUGGAAUUUGGGGUAUGGGCGGUAUCGGUAAGACAACCAUCGCAGCUGCAAUAUUCUAUCGAUCUUGUUUUGAAUACGAAGGGCAUUGUUUUUUGGCAAACGUGAGAGAAGAAACUGAAAAUCGUGGCAUUAUUUAUUUGAAGAAUAAAAUGCUUUCUUCACUACUGAAUGAAAAUGAUUUACAAAUUGGCACCCCAUAUCUCAUGCCCCCUUUCGUUAGGAGAAGGCUUCUUCGAAAAAGGAUUCUGGUUGUUCUUGAUGAUAUUAGUGAUCCAGAUCACCUUGAAAAUUUAGUAGGAGCACUUGAUUGCUUUGGAUCUGGUAGUAGAGUCUUAAUAACUACUAGAGAUAAACAAGUGCUUGCUAAAAGAGUUGAUGAAAUAUACGAGGUUAAGCCAUUGACGUUUGAUGAUGCUGCUCAACUUUUUAUGUUGAAUGCCUUUGAGAAUAAUUACGUAGACAUUGAGUGGAUUAAAUUAUCAAGGAAGGUGAUUAGUAAUGCUAAAGGAAUUCCAUUGGCUUUGAAAGUUUUGGGCUCCUUUCUUUAUGGCAAAAGCAAGGAAGAAUGGGAAAGCCAACUUGAGAAGCUAAACAAAAUGCCACAUGCGAAAAUUCAAGAUGUGAUGAGAUUGAGUUAUGAUCAACUAGAUAGGGAAGAGAAGAACAUUUUCUUAUAUAUUGCUUGUUUUUUGAAAGGAUAUGAAUCACAACAAAUAAUACUUCUGUUAAAUGCCUGUGGUUUCUCAACAAUUAUUGGAUUGAGGGUCCUCCGAGACAGAGCUCUCAUAACUGAAGUUAAAGAAUCAGCUAUCAGAAAAUCAAGAAUAUUUAUGCAUGAUUUAAUACAAGAAAUGGGUUGGGAAAUUGUUCGAGAAGAAUCAAUUGAUAAUCCUGGAAACCGUAGUCGACUAUGGGAUGCUAAUGACAUAUAUCAUGUAUUAAAACAUAACAUGGGGACUGAAGCCAUUCAAAGCAUAACUCUGAAUGUGGCAAAAAUUGAAGAUCUGCAGUUAAGUCCAAAAACCUUGUCCUCAAUGGACAAUCUGAAAUUUCUCAAUUUUUAUAAAGGUGCUUUUGAAAAGGGGAAUUUACAUCUUCCCAGUGGUCUUGAAUUUUUGUCGAAUCAGCUCAGACUUUUGCGUUGGGAUGACUACCCUUCCAAGUCAUUGCCGGCAACAUUUUCGGCUGAAAACAUUGUUACUAUGAAAAUGUACAAUAGCAAACUUACAAAACUUUGGGAUGGUGUCCAGAACCUCGUGAAUUUAAGGGAGAUUCAACUUGCUGAAUCAGAGUACCUGAUUGAGCUUCCUGAUUUUUCAGAGGCUAAGCUUCUUAAAAAUGUCAAUCUUAGCUAUUGUACAAGGUUGCGUAGUGUUCAUCCUUCUGUUUUAACUCUCCCCAAUCUCAACCAAUUGAGGCUUGUAGAUUGCAAAGCCCUUACUAGCCUUACAAGCAGUGCCCCUCUAAAAUCACUUACAUUUCUCGUGCUCAGUGGAUGUUCGAGACUCCGAGAGUUUUCAGUAACAUCAGAGAAAAGGUUAGAACUGUUUCUUUCAAACACAGCCAUCAAUGAUGAACUGUGGUCAUCAAGUGGACGCCUUGGCAACAUUGAAGAAUUGAGUGUAGAUGGCUGCCAAAGUCUCACAAAUCUCCCCUACAAGUUAGUUGACCUUAGUGGUCUUCGUUCUCUUAGUAUUUCUGGUUGCAACAAGUUAGCAUCAAAUCUGCAUUUCCUAUUAAAUAAGUUACGCAGUUUGAAAAAUUUGUCACUGAAUAAUUGUAGCAGCUUAUUUGAACUGCCCGAGAACAUUAGUUUCUUGUCAUCGUUACGUGAGUUGUCACUCACAGGGUCAACUAAUUUGACAACACUGCCUGCUAGCAUCAAGCAUCUUUUGAGGCUACAAUGUCUUAGGUUGGACGAAUGCAAAAGGCUUCAAUCCCUGCCAGAACUUCCACCCUCUAUUGCACACUUGUUUGCAAGGGACUGCACUUCCCUCGAGACCCUAAAGUUAACUUCAAUGUCUACAGUCUCAUUGGAAGAUGAAGUAUGCUUUCACUUUGGAAAUUGCAUGAAAUUGGAUCGGCAAUCAAUUAAAGUUAUUGAGGCAAAAGCGCUGCUUGAGAUGGAUAAAUUAGUAUCAGCUGUUGAAACAGGCACUGCUUGGACUAUGCAGGCUCAACUUGUAUAUCCAGGAAGCAAAGUUCCAGAAUGGUUCAUGUACAGGUCAACACAGUCUUCCAUCACUGUGGAUCUCUUCUCCAUUCCACGACCUAAGGAUUGGAGUUUUAUAUUCUGUGCAGUUGUUUCUCACUCUGAAUCCUUCGUUUACUUUGAAACUGAGUGGUAUUUUAGUGAUGGCCAACAGGUUUUGGAUGAGAUUAUGUAUUACUUUUGCAAACAUAUUGGCAUCAUUCAGUCAGAUCAUGUCUGUCUCUGGUAUAUCUCAGAGCUUCCUUCACAGGUGCAAAGGAUAAUUGAAGAGAAGAAUACUGAUCAGAGCACCACUGGUCAUGAAUCAGUUGAAAUAAAAUUCAUUGUUAAAACUCCUAGUCCAGUUCCAGUUUUGGAUGUCAAGGGGUGUGGGGUAUGCCCAACGGGUGCAUCAGGAUAUCGAAAUUAUAUUCAACAAAUGGAAUCGGUGUUACAGUCACAACCCAAUUCAUUGGGAAUCAAAGGAGGUUGCUCCUGUGACAACACUAAUGACAAAGAAGUGGUUCCUAGGAAGUCCAAGGAUUUUAUCUUCCCAAGCCCACCAACUGGGGCGUCGAAGAAUAGAACACGUGGCUUGAAAGAUAUUAUGUUUUUAUGAUAUUAAGUUCAGAUUUCCUUUUUCUUGGUGGAUUGAAGCAAAAAUUCAGGUGAUUUGUUUUUCCUCUAUUUUCCUUGACAUUCAAAAUGAGCUUAUCCUCGUGUUGUGCUCCCUAUCUGUUAUUAGUUUGAUAGGUUUUAUGGAGAUUGAGUCUUUGUAAAAUCCAGUUGAUGGAAAUGCACAGAUUGGGCAGGUUAAAUUGCGUAUUUAAGCUUUCCUUUUA